GAAACAGAGUCCUCCAUGUCCAAAAUAUAUGAGAGCAAUUAUAUUGGAGACACACCUUAUGGAAACUUCUUCAGAUCCUAUGAUGAAUCCCUUUCCAUCCCUCCAAUUCCCAAUGAAUACAAGUUACCUUAUGCCCCUACAAUGGAGUCUCAGAUACGUAGACUUAGGUUAUCCAUGGAGACUUACAGAGAGUUGAUGCUUCAAGUCAAUAGCUUCCUUUUAUGGGAGAAGCCCUGGCAUCCCUCAGCCAUUGUUGGAGGAUGCACUGUGAUAUUUAUGUUGUUUUGGCUCAGUGAACCAAACAUUUUAACCAUAUUAUCUUUACUUGGACUACUGGUAACACUUGGUGAUUAUGUACUACCUAGCAUUGUUUCCUCAAUCUUUAAAUCAGAAUCUUGGAAUAUUGAGAAACAGAGACAAUAUGAAGACAUUUGUACCAACAUCAUUCUUUAUAAAACCAAGUUCGAAUUGUUAGUGACUUCUUAUUAUAGGAUGAGAGUUACAAAUCCAAAAAUGUACUUCGGCUUGACAAUCUUUGGUCUUGGUUUUCUUGCGUGGAUUGGUGGUACAAUAAGUAACUUGUUCCUUACUUACAUGGUAGUUCUUGGUAUCCUCCUGCUGCCUGGUAUGGUCCACAAUGGGUUUUUGAAUAAAGGUCAGGAAUGCUUAUCGAGAAUCUUUGCCGACCUGGUGGAGAAUGCCAAAUCGAAAGUUGGCCAGAAGAAGGUGCAAUGA